AUGGAUUCUCGUGGUAAAAAAAUAAAAAAAUCUAAGAAGAAGAAACACACUUUACCUACAUCAAGUCAGCUUCCUCCACCUAUACCAAAUAUGAGCCCUUUUCCUAUGCCUCAUCGUCCUUCCAUGCCAGCUUCACAGUCAUCUGACUUUUUCAAAGUCCCUCCCCCAUCUAGCUCGCUUCAGUAUUAUUCCAUGCCUUCUCAUGGUGGUUCGGCUUCGACCACCAUUAAUUUCAUACCCACGCCUCAUUUCCCAGCUUCUUCCCCGCGUGGUCCUGCUAGUCAGAUCGGCAGCUCACCACCGAUUGCAUCAUCGAGCCAUCAUAGUAGCCAGCAUGGCAGUUCAUCUUUUGUGCCUCAUACAUCGGCCACUCAAUUAUCAUCUCCAGCAUCAUCCACUCCAAGUAUAACUAACUUGGAUAUUGGAGGCUCUCACGCAGCUGCAUCCCCAUCUACCAGUACGUCUACAGUUGCUAGUACCGUGAGACAUUGUGCCGGAGGGACUAUACAGUACGAUCAUCUUCAUCGGCUGAUUAUCAUUCCCCGUAACGUCAGGUUUUUGCCAUCCUUUCAGGCCGCGCAUAUGGUAAUGGAAUCUAUGAAGCCAUUUUUUGACGAGCCUUGGAAUUCUUGGAGACAGAUACCGUACCAGAUCAGAAUGAAUAUGUGGCAACAAUUUAAGGUUCAGUGCGUAUGGCAGCCAACACUUGAAAAUCUGGUGCAUGAUAACUUCGAGAAGAAAGCACAGAAGCUGAUAACAAAUUCACAUCAUGUUGCUAGGAAAGGUGGCAAAAAGCCUAAUUGGAUACGUGAAGAUGUCUGGAAUCAGCUCUUGGCGAAGUGGAACACCCCUGAGUGGAAGAAGAAGAGUGAACAAGCAAAGUUAAACAGAGCUUCUACUAAGGGUGGAGCAUUGCAUACUGGAGGUUCUAUUAGUUUUGAAGCCCAUCGUGAAAAGGAACGUGGGGGAGAUGUGACUUAUGCUGAGGUCUUUGCAGAGACCCACAAGAAGAAGAAGAAGAAGGAUGGCACAAGAGAAGGAUGGAUCGAACCGCGUGCUUUAGAGACAUUUGACAAGUAUCAUAUUGAUCUUGAUGCAUGGCAACAAACUCAACCUGAAGAAACUCAGCCAACCUCGAAGGAUAUGACUGCAAUUUGGACACAAGCGGCCGGUGGCGUGAAUAAAGGUCGAGUCUACGGGAUUGUAGUACAGCCAUCCUCCAGUCGUCCACCAACAACAUUAUUCACUGGGGCAUCAGUUUCCCAAGAAGACAUGGAAUCUAUGCGUCAAAAAGUGGAUCAAAUGUCGCAAGAACUUCAAGAAACUCAAGCGUUGAUCCAAAAAUUGUUAGAAAAAAAGAGCAAGAAAAGAGCUGCAAUGGAGUCUGAGUCUGAGUCUGAGGAGGAGAUUGAAUCUGAAUAG